AUGGAUCGUCUUGCACUUUUUCAAUUCGGUUUACUUUUACUAGCUGUGCCGUUACAAUAUUUCAUAUUAAUGAAAUGGUCUUCCAAAGAUAUUGAACAAGCCCAAGCGAUGAAUAAAAUUACAAAUCAAAUUAAUCAAAUGUUUCAUUAUUUAUCUCCAAGUACAUGGUUUAAUUGGUUCAUUAGUUUUGUUAUUGAAGUGCCACUUGGAUUUAACCCACUUUUACAUAGGCGUACAUGGAGACGUGGGAUUGAGUCUCCUGCUACAGAAGUUUACCAUGUCAGAGAAAAAUAUGGAUAUUUUGCGACAUCACCAGCGAUUCGAUCCUAUCGAUCUGAAUAUGUUCAAUAUCGAGUUGGUCAAGUUAUUCGACAUAAACUCUAUGGUUAUCGUGCCGUAAUUAUUGGUUGGGAUGAAAUAGCUUCUGCGCCAGACCAAUGGCUCGAUGAACACCAUCAAGAUCAUCCAGAAUAUAGAAAACAACCCAAUUACUCAGUAUUACUUGAUACAAGAGAUCGACAUGCUCAUAAAACUUAUAUACCACAAGAACAUAUUGAAGUUAUCAAACAUACAAAGAUCGUCAAUGCCCAAUGGAGCGAAUAUUUUACUCACUUUGAUGGUGUUCAAUAUAUAAUGCAACCGUGGCUACAAGAGCAAUAUCCCAAAGAUUGA